AUGGCUGACAUCCGCCUUGCGGCGUUUCAGCUCACCAACUGUCUCGACUUCUUCCAGAGCAUGCGGAUGGCACAUGGAGAUCUCAAGUGCACAAAUGUGAUGCUUCGCCGGCCGGAUUUCAGUCUUCAGCCGCACCCUAGGCAAAGCGAUCCUGACGAGGUUGCAGCGAGGCCGCUUUGGCCUUUCGAGGCCAGCGCCCUGCACACGCAUUGA